AAGUCCCAGGAAUUCAAAGUUCACGGAAACAACACAACACAACCACCAAUCUAAUUAUCAGUGUCUCAGCCUCUUCCCAACAAACUCGGACUCCAAACACAAACAGACAAACAUGCCAACCCUCUCCAAUUGCUACACCAUGCAAGAUGCAUCCCAACACAACACCAAAGAUGAUUGCUGGAUCGUUGUCGAUGGAAAGGUAUAUGAUGUGACGCAAUAUUUGGAUGAUCAUCCUGGUGGAGAUGAUGUAAUCAUUACCGCAACAGGGAAAGAUGCAACAGAUGAUUUUGAAGAUGCUGGCCACAGCAAAAGUGCAAGAGAACUUAUGGAGCAGUAUUGUAUUGGUGAGCUUGACACAACAUCUCCAAUUUCCACCAACAAACAUUAUUCUGAAAAUUUGUUGCAGAUGAUAAAGCAUUAUUAUUUAGCUGUUCCCGUGGCCGCCGUUGGGAUUUCAGUGGUAGUUGGUUUCUUAUACUUACGUAAGAAGUAAUAUUACUCUACAACUCUACAAUUAUUAUUUUUUUGACAUUGUUGCUACUGAAAAUGAAUCAUUGCAACAAAUUUUGUAUUGCUUGAAGGAUAGAAAUUAUAAGAAUGCUGGCUUAUUUCAAAAUAAUAAGAAU